AUGUUAUAUAGCAUAAAUUCGAAUGUCUUCAAUAACAAUAGUAAUUUAAUAAAUAUGAAAAAUCAAAUGUUUAGUGAAAAGAAAACCGUAUUGCAUACAAUUGUUUUCUUCUUUCAAAUCCUAUCUGCUAUUUUUAUAUUUUGUGGUAAUGUUCUAGUCAUUUUAGCUGUUGUUACAACUAAAAUGUUAAGACGUGUAACUGAUCUCUACAUUGUAUCACUUGCUUUGGCUGAUCUACUUGUUGCAAUUCUGUUACUACCAUUAUUUAUUAUUCGACAAAACGCUGGCUAUUGGCCCUAUGAAUCACACGAAUUAUGCAUAUACUGGCUCUCUUUCAACGUGUUCUUGUGCACUGCAUCAAUAUUAAACAUAUGUUGUAUAUCUGUGGAUCGAUACAAUGCCAUUGUUAAUCCAAUAAAAUAUGUAAAGAAACGAACUCAUCGCACUGCGAUAAUCGUGAUUGGAUGUGUAUGGAUUACGUCGUUACUGGUAACGUUACCACCGUUUUUCGGCACUCAGCAUCAUACGGGAGUAGGACGUUGUUAUAUAAGAAUUGACACAGUAUACAGAUCUCUUAUAGGAAUCACAACAUUUAUCAUUCCAUUUAUAUUGGUCGGCUUUAUUUAUAUACGUAUAUUUUUCGUGAUUCGACGUCGUUCAAAUGAAAUAAAAUCUGGAAAGCUUUCAUUAGACUUCAAAGAGCAAAGAUAUGGAUCAUUUAAAUUGCUUUUCAUUCCGAAUAAUAUUUAUAACCAUAGAUUUGGACAAAAAAUGAAUUGUUUCAGUUCACGUAACUCUAAUCAGCGUCAAUUGUUUGUAUCAAAUUAUACACAAUCUAAUUUAUUCAUUGCAUAUACGCCCAACAAGAGACAAAAAUAUGUUAAAGAACAUACUGUAAAUCAGUCUCACGGUCAAAGUACCUCCAGUUCAUUCACAAAUAAACAUUCCGAACACGUAGAACGAGUGUAUUCAGAAACUUCUAAACAUUACACACAAUAUAUUCACAGGUUUCCAAUAUCAAUGAUGCAUACAACGACGAAAUCAGAUCCAGAUGAUUUUCCUACGUUUUCGAUUCACAAUAGCAUUGACAACACAGAAAUCUAUACUUCGCAAACUACAGAUACUAUCAACAGAACAGUUGACGCUUCUAUGAACGAUCGACAGAAAGAUCAGCAACACAAACAUGGUCACAGAUUAAACAGUCUGAAUGAAGAAAUUGUGAAUUCCGAGCCGAAGCAUUCUAACAAACAUAAUAGAAUGAUUUACCAACGACGUAAACGUCUUGUGUACAAGAGUGAAAAGAAAACAGUGAAAACAGUAGCAAUUGUAGUGUGUUGUUUCAUUUUAUGCUGGCUUCCAUUUACCAUUUUAUAUUUAAUGGAAGGAGCAUAUCAAUGUCGUUUUUCUGAAAAAAUUUUCAUGGCUACUGGUUGGGUAGCAUACUUGAAUAGUAUGUGUAAUCCAUUUAUAUACGCAUUUUGUAAUACUAAGUAUGCAAAAGCAUUUAAACGUCUAUUGCAUAUUCGAACAAAUUCUUAA